UAGUUUUUUUUAUCUAGAGCAUUUUUUUACAAACUGUUGUUAGGUUGACUUUCAACCAAAUAUUUUGUUAGUUGAAAAGUAGUUUUACCCGGAGCAUGUUUUUACGACUGUCGUUUAGAACCUGAUGUUUUUGUCUUGUACAUUUUUUAGAUAACUCGAUCAACGGCCUUGCACUUAGCAGCAAGCAAAGGGCAUGCAGAGGUUGUUCGUGAGUUGAUACUGCACGGCGCCAACCCAAUGGAUGAGGAUAUGGAAGGAAUGAACGCUUUACAUCUGAGCGCAAAGUUUGGACAUUCAAGUAUUAUCGAAGUAAUUUUAAGCAACCAGAAAGCAAUCGAGUCAAAAAUGAACGCUUCCCUGAGGUCUCUGUGGCAAAAGACGAGCUCCAAAACUGGUUUCAAUGCUUUGCAUGUCGCCACACAAAGUGGAAAGGAAGAAUUCGCUCGUGAGAUGUUGCUUCGAAUUCCAGCUGCAGAACCAAGUCAACUACCAGGGAUCAAGUUAGAUAAUUUGCACCCCACACAAACAGAUCAUGCGUUUACUCCAUUACAUCUUGCCUCACAAUCUGGCCACGUUAACUUGGUGCGAAUGAUUCUCAACUACCCUGGCGUCAGCGUGGACGCUGUGACGGCAAAACAGAAAGUUACACCUCUUCAUGUAGCUGCGAAAAGCGGAUACGUGGACGACAAGGGCUACACUUGCCUCCAUUAUGCUGCAGCGUGUGGACAUUUAGAUAUGGCGUCCUUAUUGCUUGGACAAGGGGCGGAUAUCCAUACGUCUGACAAGAUGGGCAUGACACCUUUGCACCUCGCUGCAAAAUCCGGAUCAUUAAAAAUGGUAAAGUUAUUAAAACAAGCUGGUGCUUCAACAAGUGAAGAGACGAAACACGACCGCAGGACUCCUAUACAGUUCGCCGCUUCUGGAAGGCAUUACGACGUCGUCAGCUAUUUGUUAAAGAGCGAGCACGACACGCACAAACUCAUGGAGGAUAAGUCAUUUGUAUGCGACAUGAUGUUAGUUGCCAAAUCACCAUCUUCCCAUAAAGAUAGACCAAUGUCGUCCUACUCUGGCGGAAGAUCUCUUCCGGACCUUUCAAAAAACAUGGAUAUUUUAGAAGAGUUUGUCCUUGCGUCUUCUGCUCCUAUAGAAGUUGCUGCCAAGCUUUCCAGAGC